UCCUGCUGCUGCUUCCCUGCUGUGCCAGGCCCGUGGCUGGUGGGUGCGGCGGGAGCAUGCCCAGCUGGUCGUGGCGGUGCGGGUGGCUGGCCCUGGUGGCCGUCCCUCUGGGCCUCCUGGGAGCCUGCGACGCCGCAGCUCUUGGCCUCAGCGCGCCCCGGGUCGUCAAGCUGGAGCGCGGCAGCUCGGAUAACGUCUCCUUCGCUCUGGGGACCCCCACAGACACCGCUACAGCCGUAAGGCUCGACCUUGUCUAUUUUUCGAGAAACAAGACAAUCCUGGAGUUCCCUGAGGAAGUGCUGGUGCCCGCGGGGCAGAAGGCGGCCUCUUUCCCCGUGACGGGGCAGGACGUGGGCCAGGUGACCCUCCGACUCCACAGCAACCACUCCAACGAGACCAGUGCCCUGGUCCACUUCCUGGUGACCCGCAGCCGCACGCUGGAAGGGCUUAACCAGGUCAUCGGCUGGAUCUACUUCGUGGCCUGGUCCGUGUCCUUCUACCCGCAGGUGUUUGAAAACUGGCGGCGCAAAAGCGUGGUGGGUCUCAGCUUCGACUUCAUCGCGCUGAACCUCACGGGCUUCAUCGCCUACGCCGUGUUCAACGUGGGCCUCUUCUGGGUCCCCUACGUCAAG